GUUGCCAGGUCGCUGUUCUACCACAACAUCGUAGGCUUAUCUUCAAAAGUAAUCAGCUUCUUUCGCCCCACUAGACUUGCCCAGGCCAGUAAUGAGCUAGGUUAGACAUUACAAGGGCAUCUAACGGUUAUAAGCCCUAAGGCUGAACCUCUAAUCUUUCUUCAUUAACUACUGAUCUCUUUCAACUACCUAUCUAUUGAUCCGAAGACGACAUGUUACAAUUCCUAGAGCCUUCGGGCCCUCCCAUCACAUCACUCAUCAUGAGAGGGAUUGGGUACUUAAUCCUGGCCAGCUUGCUGUUCUUCUUUUUUUGCUUGUAUCAAGCUCGAAUGAUGUUUCGGCGAGUUCAAAAACAACAUGGAAUUCCAAUUAUGCCCCAUUCGUUUAUUUUUGGUCACCUUUGGACGCUGGCUAAGAUUAGCAUCAAAUAGUAUGUAUAAAACACGUCCUAAUACCCCACAGUCUACUAUGUAAACUACCUUAGUAGGUAGUAAUUAAAACCUAAUAGUAAAAUCCCACGAGACGGUCAUGGCCAAUGGAUGUUUCUUUACAUCAAGCAAGAAUACCCUGAGAUUGCAAAUCAGGGUCUUGUUUACAUGGACGUGUGGCCGAUCGGCUACCCGAUGCUUGCGGUCUAUCAUCCCAAUAUGAUGGCGCAAUUCAUUCAGGAGAACAGUCUACCUAAAUUCUGGGCUAUGUCCCAAGUUGAAUUCAAGGGCUUCACAGGAGGUCAAGACCUAGUGAAUCUAGACGGCCUAGAAUGGAAAAAAGCUCGAAGCCUAUUUAAUCCUGGCUUCUCGGCGAAGAAUUUAUUGUCUCUAGUCCCUGAUAUGAUAGAGGAAGUAUUAAUCUUCCGAGAACGGCUUAGGAAAGUUGCCACUACCGGAGAAGUUAUCAAACUCGAAGAUUAUACGACCAAUAUAACUGUCGACAUAGUUGGGCGCGCUGUACUGGGAACGCGUCUACAAACGCAGGUUAAGCCAAAUCACUUGAUGGAAACGAUGAAAUCUCAAGUAGGCCUAAUCUAUUUUGGACUCGACCUUCCCAAGCAACUAAAUCUAAUUCUUCCGUUGAAAAACUGGAUAUACAAUCGCAUGAUCCGUAAUGAGUUGGCCCCUUACAUUCUCAACACGGCUCAGAAUUACGAGAAAAUCGAAGGGCCUAAAACUAUUGUCGCCCUAGCUCUAAAGGAAUACAUCAAUGAGGUACAAGAUUACACCGCAAGAGAAAAUAUCCCAUCUGAGUUUGUUGAACGGGUUAUAAAACAUAUCAAGAUCUUCAUGUUCGCCGGACACGAUACUACUGCUACGGUUCUUGCGUAUAUAUACUACAUGCUUAGCAAACAUCCAGACAAAGCAGCUAAGAUACGUGCCGAACACGACGAAGUAUUGGGUACCGACCCAACUGCCGCUGCUAGCUUGAUUAGAGCCGAUCCUACAUUGCUAAAUAAGUUGCCGUACACGAUGGCCGUUCUCAAGGAAACACUCCGCCUAUUUCCGCCUGUGGGUGGCAGCAUCCGCCAAUCACCACCGGGGCACUUCCUUACGCAUCCCGAAACUGGGGUCCGCUAUCCAACAUACGGCUUCAUGAUGCACUCCUCUGCAGCAACGGUAUUGCGUGACCCAGAAUACUGGCCCGACGCUGACUCGUUCAUUCCGGAGCGAUUCACGACGCGCGACGAGAGCGAUCCCUUGCACCCAGUGAAAAACACCUGGCGACCAUUUGAGAUGGGACCUCGGAAUUGCAUCGGUCAGGAACUGGUUUUUGUCGAGGUGCGGCUGAUCCUCGCCCUGACGGUACGCGAAUUCGAAGUCGAAGAGACUUACCCAGCAGAUGCACCCUCGUGGAUGGGCUUCAAAGCGUACCAGAUCACUCAUCCAGAAGUUGUUUCCACGGCUCAUCCCAAGGAUGGUCUUCCCGUAAGGGUCAAGUCCAGGAGCCAAGGCGAUUAGGCUAGUUCGUUCUUAUGUAUAUCGUGAAAAAGACUAGCAUAUCUUCGUGUACAUAAUGAAUUACUAUCUGCAAUACAUUGAAAGUUAAUGAUUUA